UUCUGUUCUGUGUGUGUGUUGUGUAUGUUGAUUGAUGUUUGUAUUUGUGUUAAUUUUCGUGUAAUUUUGUAUUGUAGUUUAAUUUUCGCCUACCGCUGUGUACAUUAAAUACAAGAAUUAUGUCUUUGGAUACUGUGCCAAAAGAUCUCCGAGGUUUGCGGGCGUGUUUGGUGUGCUCUUUAAUUAAGACAUUUGACCAGUUUGAAUAUGAUGGCUGCGACAACUGUGAUGAGUUUCUGCGAAUGAAAAACAACAAAGACAAUGUUUAUGACUGCACUAGCAAUAAUUUUGAUGGAAUGAUUGCUGUAAUGAGCCCGGAAGACAGUUGGGUCUGCAAAUGGCAGCGAAUUAGUAGGUUCUGUAAAGGAGUGUAUGCAAUAUCAGUGUCGGGGCGUCUGCCGGCCGGAGUCAUCCGAGAGAUGAAGAGCCGCGGCAUCGCCUACCGCCCCCGAGACACCAGCCAGAGAUAAUAACAACCAUAAGUAAACCAUACUUUCAAAUAGGAAUAAUUACUCUAAUUUAUAAAUUGUAACCGCAACCUCUUUAUAAAUAUAGUUCUAAAUACAUAAACUGGGAGUUUUUUAAGACAGCCAUAAAGAAGCAAUCUCAGUAGCUUUUUGAGCUUAACAAAGUCCUAUGUAAAGACUACAAUAUUAUAAUGUACAGUAUAGGGGUGAAGUUCGCCCACCUAGCAUGCUCAUGCUCGCCUGCUAGCUCGUAGUAAAACCUAUAAGCUCAAAAAUGCAGCGAAUAGACAUUCUGACUUGUCUAGCUAGAUGAUGCCUAGAGUCAGUAACGAAAUUUGGACUACUGUGCAGGAUAUGGCAACUUUACCUUUGUUAGGAGUUAGAAAUUAAACAAGUUUAAAGUAUAAAUAAAUGCAUGAUUAUUAAAUUCUCACAAAUAAGUAGGUACAAAUACGAGAUCACUGUAAAUUUCAUAAAAUAUCACAAAACACUCUUUCUUCACACUUCAAAUUUC